CAGGGUGCGGAACAAUGGCGUGCCUACCGAGGUUUGCCUUCACUGCGUUUGCUUGCAUAUUUGUGAUAUGUCGACCGGGUCUAAUCUCCGGGCAAAUUCGUUAUUCUAUUCCCGAGGAAAUGAAGCAAGGGGCAUUUGUUGCGAAUAUCGCUGUGGAUUUGGGCCUGAACGUACGGCAAUUGUCAGCUCGCAAAUUCCGAUUGGGCUCUGAUGACGGUGGGCGGUACAUGAAGGUCAGUUUGGACAAUGGAAUCUUGUCUAUUCGUGAAAGAAUCGACCGGGAACGUAUUUGUGGACAGACUGAUAAAUGUACUAUACCUUUCGAAACCAUACUGGCAAACCCUUUGGAGAUGUAUCACGGGGAAUUGGAGAUUCUUGAUGUAAAUGACAAUUCUCCCACUUUCCCGCAGAGCAGCAUUGUCUUGCAGAUAUCGGAAGCCAGUGCACCCGGUGUACGUUUCCGACUCGAGGGCGCGGAUGAUCCCGACUUUGGUACAAAUACCGUGGCCGCUUACACAAUCAGUUCCAGUGAGUACUUUAGUCUAAAAACACAGAGGGCCGAAGACGGCAUUAUAAUUGCCGAUUUGCUGUUAGAGAAGUUGUUGGACCGAGAGCAGCAAUCAUCCCUUCAACUCUUGCUUACUGGGAUUGAUGGCGGAACCCCACAGAGAUCAGCCACAGCUCAGAUUCUCAUUACUGUGCUGGACUUCAACGAUAAUCCACCUGUGUUCGAUCAUAAUAUUUACAGAGGUAGCGCAAAUGAGAACGCGCCGCGGGGUACGUUGGUGCUGAAAAUCCAAGCAAAUGAUUUGGACGAAGGACUGAAUGCGGAGUUAACAUAUCGUUUCCAUGAUGCUACUUUGCGAAGAGUGCAACAUUUAUUCAGUUUGGAUCCACGCACUGGGGAGAUUAUAGUUAAAGGGCCUGUAGAUUUUGAAGAAGUAAACAGCUAUUCUCUCGAUAUUCAAGCCCAGGACCACGGUUCACCUGCAAUGACGGGGCACUGCAAAGUAGUGAUCAAAGUGAUUGACGCGAAUGACAAUGCACCUGAGAUAAGGGUAACAUCAGCUUCCAACAAAAUCCAGGAGAAUACUCCACCAGGAAGUUUCAUAUCCCUGAUUUAUGUGAUCGAUCGCGAUUCCGAAACGAACGGUCAAGUGCGUUGCGAGAUACAAAAGAACGUCCCAUUUCGACUGCAAAAGACAUCGAACCACUAUAAAUUAGUCACCAGUGAAACGUUGGACCGUGAAGCGAUCUCUGAGUAUAACAUUCUUAUUUCAGCCUGGGACUUGGGUUCACCGUCACUAUCAACAAAUAAAACCAUCGAUAUUUCAAUUUCGGACAUUAAUGAUAACGCACCACAGUUCGGUGAGACAUCCUACAACGUAUAUGUAAUGGAGAAUAACGCGGCGGGUGCGUCCCUUUCCACAAUAACUGCAAUGGAUCCUGAUCUGGAUCUAAAUUCCCAUGUUUCCUACUCUUUUCUCGAUAAUCAUAUCCAAAACUUGCCAGUGUCCACUUACCUUACUAUUAACUCAAUGAACGGUACUAUUUACGCGCUGCGUUCCUUUGACCAUGAGGAACUCAAGAACUUCCAAAUCCAUGUUCAAGCCCGUGACACCGGGGUGCCUCCGUUGAGCAGCAGCGCCACGGUGAAUGUGAUCAUCCUGGAUCAAAAUGACAACGCGCCGGUAAUUGUUUCACCUUCAGAACAAAUUGACUCAGCAACAGUGGAGGUCGUGCCCCAGACUGCGGGUCAAGGGUACUUGGUCACCAAGAUAAUGGCAACUGAUGCCGAUUCUGGUCAGAACGCACGGCUCUUUUAUCAGAUGGUGAAAACUACCGCACCCGGGUUGUGUAACAUUGGUCAACAUUCCGGAGAAGUCAGAACAGCGCGCAAUAUUUUGCAGUCAGAUAAUGCUUUACAAACUCUAGUCAUCUUGGUUAAGGACAAUGGGCAGCCAAGCCUGUCCAGCACAGUUAGAAUCAACAUUAGAUUGUUGUGGAACAGCACUGAAGGAAUCAGCGAAAGCAGCAGCUUGGUGAAAAAUCCGGGAUAUUUCUCAGAUCCAAAUGUUUACUUAAUCAUCAUUUUCAGUUGCACUUCCGUUGCCUUUCUUCUGAUUAUCCUUCUGUUGAUUGGGAUCAAGUGUAAACAGGACAGAAGUAUUAUCCAAGGGUAUAACACCCCCAGUUACUGUUACAAUCGUGGAGAGUUGCACGGUACGUUUAAUGGAAGACCUGCCAUGGAGGAAACGUUACGCUAUCCUGGGACAGGCCGGGUUGUCCGCGUGCCGGAACCACAUCAAUACUCGGUCUGCCUGUCUCCAGAGUCAGCGAAAAGUGAUUUUCUCUUCUUGAAGCCAUGCGGCGCUCCCACGUCUCAGGCGCAAUGAUGCGUAAACCUAAGGAAGGGGCAUCUUAUUUGGGGUCAUUUUAAUAUCAAGGAAUGUGAAUCA